AUGUCGUAUAAUAAAAAUUAUGGAGGGCAGUUCAUGGGACUUCGCCCAGUAGCAACUAACAAGGAUUCUCAAAAUACAAACAAUGAAAAUAAGUUUAAUAAAAUAAAUUUAAAUGAUUUAAAAUCUACUGAAAAAAAAGAAAAAUCAAUUGCAACAAAAGUCAUAUUCUCGCUGUCUGAAUUAAGAGGAGUUAAUUUACCUGAAUUAGAAAAUGGAGAUGUAUAUUUUUUCUGUACAGCAAUAUUUGAUAAUCAGGAUGUAAAAUCGUCAAUGGAAAAAUCAAACUAUAACUCUCCUUUGGUUAAAGGGCAAUAUUUGUCUAAUUCUUACGCUCUUGAUUUUGAAAGCGAAAUUGUUCUGAAAAUUCCUGAAGAUACAGUAUUCGUUCGAUGUUAUGUAUCCCACAUAUCAUCUGUAGAAGCUGACGGAAAGAGAAACAUCAAAUUAGAAGGAAUAGGUUAUACUGAGCCAUUUGUCGUUCAAGAAUGUCAUGUAUAUCCUUAUUCAAGGUGCAAGCUUAUUCCUGCUGUGGGCGCACAAGAACUAGGAGGCACCAUAAAAAUGUGUGUAAAAUGCGUAGAUAAUACACACCCAUCAACUGUAAAAGAAACCGAGCCGUAUAAUAUUAUAGAAGAGUUUAAAAAACGUUAUGAAAAUUAA